AUGUCUCAUACAUUGAAGAAACGCGGUAAAUCACCAGCGAAUUUAGUUGUAGCGGUCGAUGAUGAUUCGGCUGUAUUAGGUGAAGUUCUUCAUCGUUCUACUAAAACGAGUAAAUCAUCGAAAAAAGCCAAAAAUUCUGAUAAACUAUUAAAACCGAGUCAAAUUAAUAAUCCUGAUAGUGAUUUCGAACUUGGCACACUAGUAUCAGAUCAAAAUUCAUCGGCAUAUAGAAGUAAAUGUUCCUGUGACUCGCAUUUUGAUAAAGUAUUUCUCGAUUCGAAUUAUAACAUAAUUGCUGAUAAAAUGUUUGAUUUAAUAUUUGGUGCGAAUGAAUUUGUUCGAACAUAUCGACAAGCUCAACGUAUUUAUGAGGAUACAGCAACAGAAUGGUAUACAAGUGCAAAAGAUAAUUGUGAAGAAAGAAUGCUCAAUUAUAAAGUGCCUUAUGAAUCUACGUUCGUUGGACGAGGAACAAUCACCACACGUGAAAGACAAACAAUACUAAAGAAAGAAGCUGGCUCUUAUUAUCAAGUUGAAACAGAACUGUUCAAUAGUGGUGUUAGAUAUAGUGAUACAUUUUCUCUGGUGAUGCGUUAUUGUAUCCUACAAACAUCUGGGACAACAACUCAUUUACUUAUUACUGCUCAAGUUCGUUUUUGUAAACAAGUACUUGGUUUCAUAAAACAACUUAUCGAACGAAAUGCUUUCACAGCAUCAAUAGAAGGUUUCAAAGAUAUGAAUAAUCGUCUUAAUCUAAUUAGCAAAUUUAAGAAAGAAAAACGUCUGCUAACUCGGGAUGGAGUUACACUACCAGUUCCUGUGGUAAAUAAUAAACGUGCUCGUCGUACGAGUCGACAUGACACACUCGGUAUUAAAUCAUCAGAUCCAUUAAUAAACAAUGCUGAUAAAGGCAUAUUAAACCAUCUUACAUUAUCAAUCAUUUCUCACGCUAAUCCAAUUCUAUGCUUUUUGAUGUUUAUCGUUGUUUUUCUUGUCAUGAUACAACUGUAUUUAUAUCUUAAACUUCGCUAUAUGGAUAUUCUUGUUGAUAGUUUAUCAAAUUUAAUGAAAAUGUCUUCUUCAUCGUCAUCGAAACGUCGUGCAUAG